CGAGGGCGCGCGGCCCGUGGUGCAGCCGCGCCGCACCCGCGCCUUCGCCGACGCCCCUGCUGCGACCAGCGGCGCGGGCGGCGCUGGCGGCGGCAGCAGCAGCAGCGCGACACCUGGCGGAACGCCUGCUGGGGCCAGCCCCACGGCGGGGAGGGCGUCGGCGGCUGGGGCUGCGGCGGCCGCCCCCGCGGCUCGCCACGGCGCGGGCAGGGAGCUGCCGGGCAAGGGCGGCGCUGCGCGGGCUUUCAGGCAGCACGGAGCAGGCGGCCUGGGCCAAGAGGCCCGCGCUGAAGUACGAGGUCGGCCUCAAGCAGGAGGAGGA